UUAUUUAAUGGACUUUAUCUUAGAAAAAAUGCAUUGCCUUGUGGAGCUUUAAAAAAAAAACAAAAAAAAAACCAACAACAAACAACUCUUGAAUUUUAGUGCUAGGUAAAUGAAGUUAAGCUGUAACAUAACAGUCAAUUGGGGGCGGGCAAACCUGAUAUCUCGCCCCUGAGGAAACCCUUUAUUUUGAUACGUGCGACAGGCUGCCGUGAGCGCGCAUUUCCCCCGUCGAGUGGAGCCCCCCAUUCUCAAAUUAGGGCGGCGCGUUCCUGCUGCAAGAGAAGUGAACGCGCUUGAGGGGCUGCGGUUUCAUUGACGGCUCUGUCUCCUUGACAGCAGCAUCAGCAUCAGCAUCAGCAUCAUCAAGAAGUGUCUGCUCGCCUUGCAGCGACGCAGCCAGGCCAGUAGUCGAGCGGAGACCGCCUCCCUCUCCUCUGCUCGGCCGGAACUCGGAUCAUCCCCGUGUGCCAGCGUCCACACCGACCGCCGGAGAAAUGGGCUCCCCGUGAAACAGAGGUGGUGGAGGGGAGAGGCGGGCGGCUGGGUCGGGGGGUGGGGGUUAGAAGACACCGGAGCUGCAAGAGGGAAAAGGAGAGGCAAUCACGGCAAUCCGGAACAUUGGCACUACCACAACCAACGUCGCUGUCACAGCUACUAUCACGCCGCCGCCGCCCUCGCCGCUGCCGCGCCGGGAGCCCCCCCCAACCGCCAUGGGAACUCCGCAUCAGUCGCUACUAAAACUACUUCAUCCGUGGGCCAUGUCGUGAUCCGUGGACUCCGCCAGCGGGUUUUCGUGAUCCGUGAUCCCAAUCGAGGGGAAGAAAGAGGAGGGUGGUGCUGAGCAAGAUGUUCGCCUCAGUAGGCCCUCGGGGUCCAACCGUCGCUCAGGCCAUCCCGGAGCCGGACUUGAGCCACUUGACUGAGGAGGAGAGGAAGAUCAUCAUGGCAGUACUGGCUCGGCAACGGGAGGAAGAAGCAAAGGAGGAGGCCAUGCUAAAAGAAGAGAAGCCUAUCCAAGCAAGAACAGUAAACUUGGUUGGGCAGAAAAAACCACCGCAGCAAAACGAUGUCCGGGGCAUCCAGCAGCAGCUUUCCAGCUACAGGGAGACAGUGAUCAGGCAGGCUACAGCUGCAGCAGGCUCAGGAGUUCACCGAGAUGAUGCCCCAACCUGCGGCAUCUGCCAGAAGACCAAGUUUGCAGAUGGUUGUGGGAACUUGUGUUCGUAUUGCCAGACCAAGUUCUGUGCUCGUUGCGGAGGGAGGGUGUCCCUUCGAUCCAAUACGGAGGACAAAGUGGUCAUCUGGGUUUGUAAUAACUGCCGAAAACAACAAGAGAUACUGACCAAGCCAGGCGAAUGGUUCAUCAGUCCGUCAGGAAAGCCCACUGGUCUCGGUUCAGCCAUCAGUGAGCCAUCUGUGUGCCAAACCACUGGUGAUAAGAAGCUCCGAUCCCACUCCCAAGCCCCUCCCGGCUCCACAACAUCCUUAGACCCCAACACAGCCAGUGCACCUGGGAGCACAGCUGGAACAGACAUCCGGUCACGAAGUGAACCACCAAGAGACACGAGAAAUGGAAGAGGCGCUGGAGGAACUGGUCGGGGAGAGCGCAGGUCAGGCCACCCCAUGUUGCAGACACAGGUUUCCAUGGACCGAGACCUCCGGGGUGAAUCCAGGGAGCACAGGGAAAGCCGACGACUCACAAAAGGACGUUCUUUAGAGAUUGAUCCAGUGGGAGGAAGUAGUGGGGUGAAACGGACACAAGAGGGGAGCUACCAACACAUCGGCCACAGUGGUGCCCCCCCUCGUCAAGCAGGGCCAGUACCUUUUGGAGGCCGGGGCCAUCCUGUACCAGUACAAGGCUGUGCAACUUCAAUGAUGGGGGAGGUGAGGGAUGGUGGAGUGUCCGGACAAAGUACUGUCGGUGGACUGUGUGAACACACCCUUGUGCAACAAGACCACUCCCCUCACCUCAGAGAACCUCUGAGCUCAGGGCCUGGAGCAGCCCCUGCUCAGGGGCUUGUAGUGAGACGAACCAAAAGGAACAAGACUGACAGCAUGUUACGCAAUGAUUCACUCAGCUCAGAUCAAUCAGAGUCCUUGCGUCCACCACCACCCAGACCCUAUAAAUCGAAGCGAGGGCUGGGGGCAGGAGGGAAGAGGCAGACCAGUGUCAGCAGCUCAGAGGAGGAGGGUGGGACCACGCCCGAAUACAGUAGUUGUGAAGAUGCUGAGAUCGAAAGUGUUAGCGAGAGAGGUGACUGGGAGUGCUACCCUCAUGACCCCACUGUAUGGCAUCAUCCUGUAACCUGGCAACCAUCCAAAGAGGGUGACCAUCUGAUUGGCAGAAUCACCCUCAGUAAGAGGAGCACAACCAUGCCUAAAGAAGCUGGGGCUCUACUGGGAUUGAAGGUGGUCGGAGGUAGAAUAACAGAGUCAGGAAGAUUAGGUGCCUUCAUCACCAAGGUCAAGAAGGGCAGCCUGGCUGAUGUGGUUGGACAUCUGAGAGCAGGGGAUGAAGUUUUGCAGUGGAACGGGAAACUGUUACCAGGAGCCACCAUGAAGGAAGUUUACAACAUCAUCCUUGAAUCUCAAGCUGAGCCCCAAGUCGAGCUAGUUGUAUCCCGGCCUAUUGGGGUGUAUAGAAAAUAUCAUGAUAUCCCAAGAAUCCCAGACACAUCCCACCCUCCAUUAGAAUCUACAGGUUCGAGUUCAUUCGAGUCCCAGAAGAUGGAGAGACCUUCUGUAAAUCUCUUAUCUCCCAGCAGUCCCAGAAUGAUUCUAGAUGCUCCACAGCUAAUGCCAGGAAAACUUUCUGUGAAGCUGUGGUACGACAAAGCGGGUCACCAGCUAAUAGUCAAUGUGCUUCAGGCAGUAGAACUCCCUCUACGGCCUGAUGGCCGACCCAGAAGCCCAUACGUUAAAAUGUACUUCCUUCCUGAUCGCAGUGACAAGAGUAAACGCAGGACAAAAGCACUGAAGAAGACCUGCGAACCCAAGUGGAACCAAACAUUCCUCUACACUCAUAUCCAUCGUAGGGAUUUUCGUAACCAUAUGCUGGAGCUGACUGUGUGGGACCAGCCCAGGUCACUGGAGGAGGACAGCAUCUUUAUGGGAGAAAUCCUCAUAGAGCUGGAGACAGCCUUACUGGACGACAAGCCACACUGGUAUCCCCUCCAAACGCAUGACGUCUCAUCCAUACCGCUCCCCCGACCUUCUCCGUAUCUGCCUCGUCGACACAUACACACGGACAACCCUGCCAGGAAGCUGCAGCGUUCACAGCGUGUAACAGAGCCUGAAUUUGAGGGUACAGCUGUAGUUUCUAAAGCAGAGGGACGUGGCAGGGAGCAUCAACGAGAGCCCACGUCCACCCUGGAGGUGCCCGAGCACCAGAGGACGCCGUCACAUCACAUACGUUCUCGCUCAGUAUCCCCCCACCGCGAGGAGCAGGGAUUUAUGCGGUCCCGACCAGCCAAUGUACCUGCACAGAGGAGUCUAGACGAUGAGCUUUCGCACUCUAGGCGUUCUCGUUCUCCGACCCGCUACUAUGACUCUGCAAGAGGUCGCCACAAGGAUCAGGAAUACCUGGAUGACAGUGAGGUCAUCAUGAUCCACCAAUCAAUGCGAGGCAAAAGUGCUGAGUGCAUCCACUUCAGGAGAUCAACUAGGGACAGUCAAACACUCCCACUCAAGAUGCCACUUUUAUUCAGCAAUACCCACAGUAACAUGAGGAGUGAUCUUCAGCCUUCUCUGGACAGGGUUAGGAGUGCUAGCACCAACUGUCUGACUCCAGAUAAUCAUGCCCCCACACCUGAGUUGGAAAGAAAAUCAUUGUACCAUUCCUUGCCAAGGAGACGUCCUACCAGCCCCAGGAUUUUUAUCCAACAUGCUUCCCCUGAAGAUGACAGGCAGACUCAGACUCUCGAUACACCUGAAUGUCAGACACGUGGCAGGAAGCUGUUUGACAGUGGCAGGGGCCAACACCAAGGUGUUACACCUCUUUCCUCUUCAGUGACCUCCUCCUCAUCUCGCAAAGUGCGGCAGCUCCCCCAACUUCCCCCCAAGAGCAACAGUGUAGAACAAGCCCUGGUAGCAGAGGAGCGCGUCCGUCAACUCCAAAUUAGAGUUCAUUCAAACCGGAUGUCAGCUGCCAAUAACUCCAGUCAGCAGGACCUGGAUAUAGCCCUCAAGAACAAACGGGAGCUCUUCAAGGACCACAGGAUGAGCUGUGAGAAUGCUUCCCAUAAGUCCUCAGACAGUGAUGUCAGCGAUGUAUCAGCCAUCUCUCGAACCAGCAGUGCCUCUCGGAUCAGUAGCACCAGCUACAUGUCCAUCCAGUCAGAGAGACCCAGAGGACGCUUCAGUCGAGCCAUGCGUGCGACGGGCCGCCACAUGAUGAAGAGCACCAGUGUGAGUGGUGAAAUCUAUGGCAUGGAGCAUGCAGAUGGCAGCCAAUCAGACACCGCCCUCGGGAGCUUGGGAAGUGGGAUCAAAAAGCGUCGCUCAAGCCUCAGCCAACGCGUUGUUUCCAUCCUGCCAUCGAGGCGCAGUCGGAGUACCUCGCAGCUCAGCCAGACAGAGGCGGCUGGUAAGGCGGUGGACAGACAGAAAGAGGCAACAGCAGGUAAGAAGGUGGCUAAGGCUGGCAGCAGCAGUAUCCAAAGGAGCGUAGAGACGGGCAUGGCAGUGGAGUACCCACGGGGAGGGUCAGCGAUGAACCGUCAGGCCAGUAGGGAAUCCACUGACGGCAGCAUGAACAGCUACAGCUCUGAGGGAAAUCUUAUCUUCUCAGGAAUGAGGUUGGGUGCUGACAGUCAGUUCAGUGACUUCCUGGAUGGUUUAGGACCCGGUCAACUGGUUGGCCGGCAAACACUGGCAACACCUGCAAUGGGUGAUGUUCAAAUUGGUUUGAUGGAUAAGAAAGGACAGUUGGAGGUGGAGGUGAUCAGGGCACGAGGCCUUACCCCCAAACCAGGCUCCAAAUCCCUCCCAGCUCCCUAUGUCAAGGUGUACCUGCUGGAUAAUGGAACUUGUAAAGCCAAAAAGAAAACUAAGAUUGCACGAAAGACCCUGGAGCCUCUGUACCAGCAGCAUCUGCUAUUUGAUGAGAGUCCCCAGGGCAAGGUGCUUCAGGUGAUCGUGUGGGGCGACUAUGGACGAUUGGACCACAAAUGUUUUAUGGGUGUAGCACAGAUCUUACUGGAAGAUUUGGACCUAUCAAGCACGGUGAUUGGAUGGUACAAACUCUUUCCACCAUCCUCGUUGGUCGAUCCCACACUAGCUCCACUCACGCGACUGGCGUCUCAGACAUCAUUGGACAGCUCAGGACCACCCCCAGGUGUUCGGUCCUAGUGACCGCGAUGACGUCAAGCGUCCGAAAUGCCUACAUCAACAAAAUAGAGAAACAUAGCUAUUGGACCACAGUGGAGCAGAGGGUGGAAACAGGACAAAAAGACCUUGGUCUACCAAUAAAAAGCCAGAUGGAGAAACAGGGAAUAAGAGUGACAGAGAGAAAGUGGGAAAGCUAGCCAAUCAAAGCUUAGUCUGAGUCUGACAAUCAUUUCUCACACCUUUACUUCUUUAUCGACUUGAGCCUUUUCUUUGCAAACCUUUGCCUUUGUUUACUCCUCCGAGCUUGAGAUUUUCUGUCCACCUUGAUUGUCAACCCUUUGUGUGUGUGUGUGUGUGUGUGUGUGUGUGUGUGUGUGUGUGUAACUUUAUUUUUGUGCACCCGAUCAAUGUCCUUCACUAGCCAGGAGGGCUAUAAACAAUGUGGGGGAGUUGGUAAAGUUUCAAAAUGACACCCUUCAUGCAGAAGAACGGCUGCAUGAGACCAUCGGCACAACACCCGAGCUGAGCGCAAGGGGCUGCUGUUUGGCAAGGUUUAGUAAACUUUAAACGUUAAAGGAGCCUGCACACAUGCACACACACACGCACACACACACAUACAUAUGCACACACAUAUACACUCAUUACUUGCCUUGUGAGACAUGAAUGCAAGCACAAGAAAAGCUUAAGUCCUUUAUUAUGGGAGAGACAAAAAGGCUUUUGGUUUAUGUCUUAACAAAAUGAAAAGGAGGCCAAAUUUAUGAUGUGCUUUGGAUAAUUUCAUUUGAAGUUUUGGUUGUCUGUGUUUCGCUCAGAGUUCAGUAUGGUACCACAUGGUACAAACUCCUUGCGUAUAUUUUUCUAUUAUCAGUUUUGGAGCAAUGCUUUGCUUUUGAGAAAAAGCCAAUAGCAGGUCACAGUUUUCCAAAAGCCAAUUCCUAACUACUUGUCCUUAUCACCGCCCCUCCACACACACACACGCAAUCCAUUUCCACUGUAAAAGGGAGCAGCAUGAUCUGGGGAUGCCCUUUCCUUCUGCCCAGCUGCAUGUUUGUUUGUUUGUUUUGGUACUUGAAAUCUUCUUUUGUUUUGGUCUUUCUCGCUCUCUCUGUUUUUUUGUUUUUGUUUUAAGAAAAGUCAACAACACGAGAAAUUAACAAACAGUUCUUUAAAAAAAAUUGUUGGAAAAAAAGAUGUGUGCUAGUUCCACAUAAUUUUAGGCCAGCUUGUAUGUUGCAUGUUCUUGUACAGUUUGCUUGUACUGAAUAUGAAUACAAACCGAGAAAAGCCAAGCCAUCCCCCGUCCCAAUAACAGGAGCGGACCAAUGAGGGAGGAUCUACUCCACGCAGGCCACACCUUCCACUCUGGGUCAAAAUGUCCAUAUCAGGAAUUCUCCACAGUCGAAUCUCAUUGUUUCUGUUUUUCGUUUAAGACCGUUGAACGACAGUGCUAUUCUCUAGUACGGGGCAUACCUGAGACCCUGGUGAUGGUGAGGAUAUAACUGUCAGUUUGUCGGGCUCCAGACCAAUAGAGAAUGUGUGAAAAACAGCUACAUGUAUAUGAAGUACUUUUAAGAGUUUGAGAGAAAUUAUAAAGAUAGAGAUAUAUAUGAAUAUAGAAAAAAAUUGUAUCUGCCUGUCUCCAAAACACACAUGCACACCUUGUACAUAGAAAAUAAGAAGUUAUUAAUAAGAGAAAUGUCAGUGACACGCAAACAUUCCUGUUUUUUGUUUGUUUUGUUUUUUGAGAGAGGAAUGUGCACCCUUUGGUUGAGCUCAAGCUGCUGAGCGGUACUGAGCCACAGAGGGGCACGGUAAAAGGCCUUUCUUAACCCCCUCAACCCCCUUCAAGUUGUUAAAGCAAAUGUGUAGAAACAGUUUAACCAUUGUUUUUCCUUUCACAAACCCCUGUUUGUAACUAUUGGUUAGGACUGGACUUCUAAAGCCAAUGAAGAAUCUGAUUUUACAGACCUAUGUUGCAAAUGUUUGUGUUGAAAGUCUUGGCAGUGUGGCCGACUGCCCUUUCCUUUGUCAGUAUUACUCCAUGGAUACUGAUUGUUUACAGCCCAUGGCUCCCCAAACCCAAACCACGAUGCUAGACGAAAGACGAAGAAGUAUUCACUGCAACAGUUCUUGUUUGUAUAACAGAUGUGGCUCUACUGACGUGUAUGUUUUCUAUUCAAGAGUUCAUUUUUAUUAUUUACAAAUAAAAGACUGUGCGAAAGAAGAUA